UUAAGAACAAGAAUGAACGUGAAAGCCUGGGCCGUGCUUUUUGUGUCCCUUUUGUGUGCUGAUUAUGUGCGGGCAAGCAUCGCUGCUGUAAAUGAACCCUCUUUAGCUUUAUCACGUGAGAAGCGGCAGCUGGCGUGCGAAGUGAGGCCUGUUCUUGUGGAGCUACUCGAUCAGACUCUGAUACGAAUCAAAAAUCGCUCCCCGGACGAACUGGACCUUCCGGACCGGAGGGUCGACAAUUACCAGAUGAGAGGAGGAAAAGCGACAGGAUUCAAGAAUGUGGUAAGAGUAGAAGAGUAUGGCUGCUCUUGCAGCGGCUCAGUCCUUAGAAUUUUCGUUGAAGUUAGUUACCUGAGGAUUUUGGUCUCCUACACACUAUCUCUCGUGGAAGAACUUCUCGGUGGUCUUCUGGGAAAUUUGGGCACUUCACUCACCCGUCUGCUUGGCAAUGUUGUUGAUCUCCUGUUGCGUAUCCUCUGCUUGGACAUCCGGGUGCAGCUGGUGAUCGAGCAGCAACUGAUUCCCGGAGCAAGGUGCAGGGUGGCAUCGUUCAGAGUGCUGGAACUGACGUCCAUUCAACUCCUUGGACUGACACUCAGAGGAGCUGUGAUCAAUCUCCUGUCUGAUCUUCUAGCCCCAGUUCUUGACCUGGUCCUACGACUGGUGAUUUCAACUCAACUGAGAGCCAUCUAUGUCGACGAGUUUUCCAAACUGACCAUUACUGAAGAUAUGUUCGUUUGCUUCAAUCGCUCUCCUUAUUAAACAUACAAAGACCCAUUUACUAAACCUACCGCUUCCUCGAAAUUCAACUCAUAGAUGUAGUAUUAACUAGAUACACAACUAGAAACCGGUUCCAUGGGCAACAGAAAAGACGGGCAAGCGAACGAAAAGCGCAUGCGCUCGGUUUAGCGCUUGCACGGUAGGUUUUUGCCAUAAUUCAAGAUUCGCGCGUUCAGUGGCAGCCAUAGUGGUAGUUGCUAUGGAAUUGUGUAUCUAGUUAUACUAUAUCUGGU